AUGCAGACGUACCCCGACGAGCCGCGCACUCCCCAGGCGCAAACGCAGACACACCCACCGCCCAACGCCCUUCCCCCAGCCUUCGGCAACUCCGGCAAUGCCCCCGGCGCACCGGGCACUCCGGUCCGCUUCGCGGCGACGACUGGCGCAUUCAACCUCACCGUCUCAACAGCCGCGACCCCGCCACCGCGCGAUCUCCAGCCCGGCGCCGUCAGUCCGACUGCGGCCGUGACGCCGCCCAGCAACGGAACAGUCACGACUCACAAGUUGCGACGCCCAUCUCUCCUCUCCCUUGUCCCGAGCACGAGUGAGGGCGGGCCAGAUUCCGGUGUCUCACCGGCUCCAUCAGCGCACCUCAAACCCGGUUCGACAGCGCCAUCGCAAGCCACGUCGUCAACUGCAUCGGGUUUAGCUGCCCCCGUUCCCACAUUCGCGUCCUCGAACGGACCACGCUGGGGCCUGACCGCCUUCUCUGCGCCUGCUCGCGUCGGCUCCGCUCCCCCAAUACCCAUCGAGGGCUUAACGACUAGCACGUCGCCGAUCCCAAGCCGAAGCGAGAACGGCACAUCCCCCAUGGUCGAGGAGAAGUGGCAGCUGCGCCGUUCAAGUGGCGAUGGCAGCGGACAAGGGCUCGGCCGCGCGCCGUUCCAUGGCCGCCCUAUCCCUGGAUCUCUGCUCGCUACGCUGAUUUCCGAGUCCUCGCCGCUCGAGCACGAGAUGCGCUCAGAAGCCAGACUGCAGCGGUUCAUCUCCUCGCAUCCCUCGGCCAUCCCGCUGACACUGACACCACGGCAAAGGCGAAUGUCACGGAUGACGCGAGGCCGAUUUCCAGAGUCAGUGGACGAUGACGACGACGACGGGCCGGCACCACUGGGUGCGAGGUGGAGGGACGACAGCGACACGGACAGUGAUGAGAUGAUGGACGAGGAGUGGCCAGCUGCUCCGAGCGGGAGUGCGGUCAACUCUGCCUUUGCUAGCAUCAUGGACAUUGACCGGCCCGGGAGCAACGGGUCUUGGCCGCGCAGCGACAGCGGCAAGAGCACGCCGAGCACGAAUGCAGCGAGCUCAGGGCAAAAGGGCACCCCGCAAGCGAAUCGCCUCGAGCCCGGUUGGAAGGGGAGCCGGCUGGGCCAGUCGCCUGGUGCCAGCACGCUGAUCACGAGUUUCGGCAACGUCGGUUUUGCGGCUGCGAGCAGUGGUGCCAGUGGGGCUGCGAGCGGAGCGUCUGGGGCCAGUGGAAGGGAUACACCCCUCGGCAGUCCGACCGUGGAGAAGAGCGAGCUCGCGAGCGUCGGCAGCCCCAACGUCAACUCGCCGGGUAUGAUGCAGUACCGCGACCCCGUCGCGCGCGCGGGCAAGCGGAAGGACCGGUUCGAUCCGUACAAGCGACCGCGCGCCUCGUCGCCAUCGCCGUUCCAGGCGUUAUCUCCCUCAAAAUCGACCGGCGUGGCGCCCGUGCCGAUCCCGAGUUCGCCCUCUCAUGCCCCCCUCGUAGCAAGCAGUCUGGCAACGAGCUCCCCCGGAUACUUGUCUCUGGGCCAAUCCCGCGUCAAGCCGCCCCACCACCCAUACACGCGCCCUAUGGCGAGCCGGUCGCGCGCCGCCUCCCCCGCCCUCAGCAUCGGGAGCACGUCGGGCGUGCUCUCCUCCUCGCUGAAUGGGAAUCGCACGCUCGGCGGCGCAUUCAUCCCCACCGGCCCUGGGGCCAGUGCGGCCGUGAGCGCGGCGCAGAGCCAGGGCGCGGCGCCGGGCAGCCUGGGGAGCCUGGGGUUGCUCAGUCUGCAAGGGGAGCAUGGGGAUCAGCAGGAGAUGCUGAGGGAUGAGAUGGAGGUUAGGCGGGAUAGUGGCGCGACGGCGUCGGAUGCGAUGGAGGAGGACUAG